GUUGUCUCCCCAGAUGUGGAGGGCCCUGCACCACCACCGCGGGGGAGAACCAGGUUACCUAGGGUAUGAAUUAAUACAGACUUGGAAACUGAAAGAACUUAGAAUCAGCAUUUUGAGAGCAGAAGCUUAAGCAUGCUGUGAUUUCCCAAUAAACUGCUAUCACAAUGUCAAAAUGCAGUUCAGACAACAGCAACACAGAGAUCUCAAACAUUAAAACGUAAGCUGUGCUAGAGCAAAAUGCAAUGAAAGAAGCACUGGAUGAAUGAAAAGCCCUGCUUUGCAGCCCCUCAGCAUGGCAGGCCUGCAGCUCAUGACCCCUGCCUCCUCACCAAUGGGUCCUUUCUUUGGACUGCCAUGGCAACAAGAAGCAAUUCAUGAUAACAUUUAUACGCCAAGAAAAUAUCAGGUUGAACUGCUUGAAGCAGCUCUGGAUCAUAAUACCAUAGUCUGUUUAAACACUGGCUCAGGGAAGACGUUUAUUGCAGUACUACUCACUAAAGAGCUGUCCUAUCAGAUCAGGGGAGACUUCAGCAGAAAUGGAAAAAGGACGGUGUUCUUGGUCAACUCUGCAAACCAGGUUGCUCAACAAGUGUCAGCUGUCAGAACUCAUUCAGAUCUCAAGGUUGGGGAAUACUCAGACCUAGAAGUAAAUGCAUCUUGGACAAAAGAGAAAUGGAACCAAGAGUUUACUAAGCACCAGGUUCUCGUUAUGACUUGCUAUGUCGCCUUGAAUGUUUUGAAAAAUGGUUACUUAUCACUGUCAGACAUUAACCUUUUGGUCUUUGAUGAGUGUCAUCUUGCAAUCCUAGACCACCCCUACCGAGAAAUUAUGAAGCUCUGUGAAAAUUGUCCAUCGUGUCCUCGCAUUUUGGGACUCACUGCUUCCAUUUUAAAUGGGAAAUGUGAUCCUGAGGAAUUGGAAGAAAAGAUCCAGAAACUGGAGAAAAUUCUGAAGAGUAAUGCUGAAACUGCAACCGACCUGGUGGUCUUGGACAGAUACACUUCUCAACCGUGUGAGAUUGUGGUAGACUGUGGGCCAUUCACGGACAGAAGUGGGCUCUAUGGCAGACUGCUGGUGGAGCUAGAGGACGCACUUCACUUUAUCAACGACUGUAAUGUAUCUGUGCAUUCGAAAGAAAGAGAUUCUACUUUAAUUUCUAAACAGAUCCUGUCAGACUGUCGUGCGGUAUUGGUGGUUCUGGGCCCCUGGUGUGCAGAUAAGGUAGCUGGAAUGAUGGUAAGAGAACUGCAGAAAUACAUCAAACAUGAACAAGAGGAGCUGCACAGGAAAUUUCUAUUGUUUACAGACACCUUCCUGAGGAAAAUACAUGCACUAUGUGAAGAGCACUUCUCUCCUGCCUCACUUGACCUGAAAUUUGUAACUCCUAAAGUAAUAAAACUGCUUGAAAUUUUACGCAAAUAUAAGCCGUAUGAGCGGCAGCAGUUUGAAAGUGUUGAGUGGUAUAAUAAUAGGAAUCAGGAUAAUUAUGUGUCUUGGAGUGAUUCUGAGGAUGAUGAUGAGGAUGAAGAAAUUGAAGAAAAAGAGAAGCCGGAGACAAAUUUUCCUUCUCCAUUUACCAAUAUUUUAUGUGGAAUCAUUUUUGUGGAAAGAAGAUACACGGCCGUUGUCUUAAACAGAUUGAUAAAGGAAGCUGGCAAACAAGAUCCAGAGCUGGCUUACAUCAGCAGCAAUUUUAUAACUGGACAUGGCAUUGGAAAGAAUCAGCCUCGUAACAAACAGAUGGAAGCAGAAUUCAGAAAACAGGAAGAGGUCCUUAGGAAAUUUCGAGCACAUGAGACCAAUCUCCUCAUUGCAACAAGUAUUGUGGAAGAAGGUGUUGAUAUACCAAAAUGCAACUUGGUGGUUCGAUUUGAUUUGCCCACAGAGUAUCGAUCCUAUGUUCAAUCUAAGGGAAGAGCAAGGGCACCGAUCUCUAAUUAUAUAAUGUUAGCAGAUACAGACAAAAUAAAAAGUUUUGAAGAAGACCUUAAAACCUACAAAGCUAUUGAAAAGAUCUUGAGAAACAAGUGUUCCAAGUCAGUUGACACUGGUGAGACUGACAUUGAACCUGUUGUGGAUGAUGACGAUGUGUUCCCACCAUAUGUGUUGAGGCCCGAUGAUGGUGGUCCACGAGUCACAAUCAACACGGCCAUUGGACACAUCAAUAGAUACUGUGCUAGAUUACCAAGCGAUCCGUUUACUCAUCUAGCUCCUAAAUGUAGAACCCGAGAGUUGCCUGAUGGUACAUUUUAUUCAACUCUUUAUCUGCCAAUUAACUCACCUCUCCGAGCCUCCAUUGUUGGUCCACCAAUGAGCUGUAUCCGAUUGGCCGAAAGAGUUGUAGCUCUCAUUUGCUGUGAAAAACUGCACAAAAUUGGUGAACUGGAUGACCAUUUGAUGCCAGUUGGGAAAGAGACUGUUAAAUAUGAAGAGGAGCUUGAUUUACAUGAUGAAGAGGAGACCAGUGUUCCUGGAAGACCAGGUUCCACAAAACGAAGACAGUGCUACCCAAAAGCAAUUCCAGAAUGUUUGAGGGAUAGCUAUCCCAAACCCGAUCAGCCCUGUUACCUGUAUGUGAUAGGAAUGGUUCUGACAACACCCUUACCCGAUGAACUCAACUUUAGAAGACGGAAGCUCUAUCCCCCUGAGGAUACCACAAGAUGCUUUGGAAUACUGACAGCCAAACCCAUACCUCAGAUCCCGCACUUUCCUGUGUACACGCGCUCUGGAGAGGUGACCAUAUCCAUUGAGUUGAAGAAGUCUGGUUUCACGUUGUCUCUACAAAUGCUUGAGUUGAUUACAAGACUUCACCAGUAUAUAUUCUCACAUAUUCUUCGGCUUGAAAAACCUGCACUAGAAUUUAAACCCACAGACGCUGAUUCAGCAUACUGUGUUCUACCUCUUAAUGUUGUGAAUGACUCCAGCACUUUGGACAUUGACUUUAAAUUCAUGGAAGAUAUUGAGAAGUCUGAAGCUCGCAUAGGCAUUCCCAGUACAAAGUAUUCAAAAGAAACACCCUUUGUUUUUAAAUUAGAAGAUUACCAGGAUGCAGUUAUCAUUCCAAGAUACCGUAAUUUUGAUCAGCCUCAUCGAUUUUAUGUAGCUGAUGUGUACACUGAUCUUACCCCACUGAGUAAAUUUCCUUCCCCUGAGUAUGAAACUUUCGCAGAAUAUUAUAAAACAAAGUACAACCUUGACCUGACCAAUCUCAACCAGCCACUGCUGGAUGUGGACCACACAUCUUCAAGACUUAAUCUUUUGACACCUCGCCAUUUGAAUCAGAAGGGGAAAGCUCUUCCUCUAAGCAGUGCUGAAAAGAGAAAAGCCAAGUGGGAAAGUCUGCAGAAUAAACAGAUCCUGGUUCCAGAGCUCUGUGCUAUACAUCCAAUUCCAGCAUCACUGUGGAGAAAAGCAGUCUGUCUCCCUAGUAUACUCUAUCGCCUUCACUGCCUUUUGACCGCAGAGGAGCUAAGAGCCCAGACGGCCAGCGAUGCCGGCGUGGGAGUCCGAUCACUUCCCGUGGAUUUUAGAUACCCUAACCUAGACUUCGGGUGGAAAAAAUCUAUUGACAGCAAAUCUUUCAUCUCAAUUGCUAACUCCUCUUCAGCUGAAAAUGAUAAUUACUCUAAGCACAGCACAAUUGUAGUCCCUGAAAAUGCUGCACGUCAAGGUGCUAAUAGAACCUCCUCUCUAGAAAAUCAUGACCAAAUGUCUGUGAACUGCAGAACGUUAUUCAGUGAGUCACCUGGUAAGCUCCAAAUUGAAGUUUCAACAGAUCUUACAGCAAUUAAUGGUCUUUCUUACAAUAAAAAUCUUGCCAAUGGCAGUUAUGAUUUAGCUAACAGAGACUUUUGCCAAGGAAAUCAGCUGAAUUACUACAAGCAGGAAAUACCUGUACAACCAACUACCUCAUAUCCCAUUCAGAAUUUAUACAAUUAUGAGAACCAGCCCAAGCCCAGCGAUGAAUGUACUCUACUGAGUAAUAAAUACCUUGAUGGAAAUGCUAACAAAUCUACCUCAGAUGGAAGUCCCACGACGGCCGCGACGCCUGGUACUACCGAAGCUGUUCGAGCGCUCAAGGACAGGACAGGUUCUGAGAAGAGCCCGUGUCCUGGGUACUCCUCGAGGACUCUUGGCCCCAAUCCUGGACUUAUUCUGCAGGCUUUGACCCUUUCCAAUGCUAGUGAUGGAUUUAACCUGGAGCGGCUUGAAAUGCUUGGUGACUCCUUUUUAAAGCAUGCCAUCACCACGUAUCUAUUUUGCACUUAUCCUGAUGCUCAUGAGGGCCGCCUUUCAUAUAUGAGAAGCAAAAAGGUCAGCAACUGUAAUCUGUAUCGGCUUGGAAAAAAGAAGGGACUGCCCAGCCGCAUGGUGGUAUCAAUAUUUGAUCCCCCUGUGAAUUGGCUUCCUCCUGGUUAUGUAGUAAACCAAGACAAAAGUAACACAGAUAAAUGGGAAAAAGAUGAAAUGACAAAAGACUGCAUGUUGGCUAAUGGCAAGCUGGAUGAGGACUUUGAGGAGGAGGACGAGGAGGAGGAGGAUCUGAUGUGGAGGGCUCCAAAGGAGGAUGCCGAUUAUGAAGAUGAUUUCCUGGAGUAUGAUCAGGAACAUAUCAAAUUUAUAGAUAACAUGUUAAUGGGAUCAGGAGCUUUUGUAAAGAAAAUUUCUCUUUCUCCUUUUUCAACCACUGAUUCUGCAUAUGAGUGGAAAAUGCCCAAAAAGUCCUCCUUAGGUAGUAUGCCAUUCUCAUCAGACUUCGAGGAUUUUGACUAUAGCUCUUGGGAUGCAAUGUGCUAUCUGGACCCUAGCAAAGCUGUUGAAGAGGAUGACUUUGUGGUGGGGUUCUGGAAUCCAUCCGAAGAAAACUGUGGUGUUGACACGGGGAAACAGUCCAUCUCUUACGACUUGCACACUGAGCAGUGUAUCGCAGACAAAAGCAUAGCUGACUGCGUGGAAGCCCUGCUGGGCUGCUAUUUAACCAGCUGUGGCGAGAGGGCUGCUCAGCUUUUCCUCUGCUCACUGGGGCUGAAGGUGCUCCCGGUAAUGAAAAGGACCGACCGGGAAAAGGCCAUGUGCCCUACUAGGGAGAAUUUCAGCAGCCAACAAAAGAACCUUUCAGGGAGCCGUGCGCCUGCCUCUGUGGCCAGCUCGCGCUCCUCAGUGUUGAAAGACGUGGAGUACGGUUGUUUGAAGAUUCCACCAAGAUGUAUGUUUGAUCAUCCAGACGCAGAUAAAACACUGAAUCACCUUAUCUCGGGUUUCGAAAAUUUCGAAAAGAAAAUCAACUACAGGUUCAAGAAUAAGGCUUACCUUCUACAGGCUUUUACCCACGCCUCCUACCACUACAAUACCAUUACCGAUUGUUACCAGCGCCUGGAGUUCCUGGGAGAUGCGAUUUUGGACUACCUCAUAACCAAGCACCUUUACGAAGACCCGCGGCAGCACUCCCCGGGCGUCCUGACCGACCUGCGGUCCGCACUGGUCAACAACACCAUCUUCGCGUCGCUGGCGGUCAAGUACGACUACCACAAGUACUUCAAAGCCGUCUCCCCCGAGCUCUUCCACGUCAUCGACGACUUCGUGCAGUUCCAGCUGGAGAAGAACGAGAUGCAGGGCAUGGACUCCGAGCUUAGGAGGUCUGAGGAGGAUGAAGAGAAGGAGGAGGACAUCGAAGUUCCAAAGGCCAUGGGGGACAUUUUUGAGUCGCUUGCUGGUGCCAUUUACAUGGAUAGCGGGAUGUCCCUGGAGAUGGUGUGGCAGGUGUACUAUCCUAUGAUGCGGCCGCUAAUAGAAAAAUUUUCUGCAAAUGUGCCCCGUUCCCCUGUGCGAGAAUUGCUCGAAAUGGAACCAGAAACUGCCAAAUUUAGCCCGGCUGAGAGGACGUAUGAUGGCAAGGUCAGAGUCACGGUGGAAGUGGUGGGGAAGGGGAAAUUUAAAGGCGUCGGCCGGAGCUACAGGAUCGCCAAGUCUGCAGCAGCAAGAAGAGCCCUACGCAGCCUCAAAGCCAAUCAACCUCAGGUUCCCAACAGCUGAAACCCCUUUUUACAAUGGAAAAAAAAAAAAACAAAAAGCAGAAUUAAGGGGAAAACUAUUUAAAUCGAGAAGGAUGAUUUAAAAGUCCAUAGUGAGUGGAAUGAAUCGAAGGCAGAAUUUAAAGUUUGUUUGAUAACAAGAUAGAUUACAGAAUAAAACAUUUAACAU